GCGAGUGGGGAAUACAUUAGCACAAAACUUGAAAAUAUUCUACCACAACUCAAUCCGUAAUGAACGGUUACGAUGUGAAUCACAAUUACGGCGUCAGCAGAUAACACGCGAUCGUCGCGCGUUUUGCACUGGUUAACAUUGCUGGUAAAUCACACGCACCAAGAACCAAAAUGACGAUCGAACAAUCGGAGUAUUCGACGGACGUCGUCCCCAGUGUGUGCCUCAGUCCAAAUCUCGGUUCAAACGUUGAUCGGUACACAAUCGCAAACGAGCCUACCGGAUGUGUGCUCUCGAACGACAACCAAAUUCAAAUGGCCGCUGACGAUCUAAUGCUCAAUCAAAACACGUACAUUGUGGAAAACUCAAACGACGUGGUCAUUGGUCCGGUCACACAUUUUCAUUGUCCGGUUACCAUCAUUCAAAACGCACAAGACGGUUCCAGCAUUAAUAGUUCCAGAGGAUCUCUUCCAUCAUCAAAAGAUGUGAAUCUACACAAAGAAAAUGCUUGUGAUAACCAUGUUAUCACAUCGAAACAUCAACAAAAAGAUAAUAACGGCACGCCAAAUAAAUGGUCAUUAUGGAGACAGUUCAAAACUCGUCGAAAACUAUUCAACAUUAUCCUAAUCGCGAUUACUGUGGUGUCAUUCGCACUUGCCGUGUCGAUUGCGAUAAUAUUCAUACAGGAUUCAAGCACUGAUGCUACCUUCACAACGGCACAUAUUGAUAAAAAUAUGUCCGACCAGUGUCCGACCUCCAGCGACGACAACGACGACAACGAGACUUUACCCUUCGAUCCCGAGGCAAUUCAAAUGAUUCCAAGAAGAAUGUGGGGUGCACGACCUCCGCUUAGCGUCCGGUUGUUGGAAACACCAGUGAAGUAUAUAAUAGUCGCACACACCGUGAGCAGACCCUGCUUUUCACUGGAAACCUGUGCGGGAAUUCUGCAAUCAUUGCAAAGCUAUGCGGUGGAUCACAGAUCCCCUGAUAUUGGGUACAAUUUUUUGAUUGGCAGCGAUGGUAACAUCUACGUGGGACGAGAUUGGAACGCUAUAAACUAUUUGCAGAAUCAUAGUAUAGCUGUGGCGUUCAUAGGCAACUUUUCAUACGAUGAGUUUACGAAGAAGAUGCAAAUGGCGCUGCAGAAGCUUAUCACCACUGGGUUGGUGUGGGGAGCCCUACGGGAGGAUUACAUAUUGUUGAGUCACAGUCAGACUGGGGGCACGAUGAGUCCCGGAAUGAAAAUUCGCUGUGAAAUUGAAAAAUGGGAGCAUUAUUAUGACAAAGACUAUAUUGAGAUUCCGAAAAUGGUCUCGGAAGUGCCUGACGUACGGCCGCCGACCCAAGAUGGCGGCCAGGGCGGGGACGACCUCAUUCUGGACCUGCACCCGCACAAAGUUCACCUCAAUCAACAACAAGACGUAACCUAUAUACAAUCUUCGGAUUGCUCUAGUGAUAGUGAUGAGAAUGAACCUAGUAUGGGCUAUGAUAAUGCCCUUGCAGUGAACCCAUCCGGAAAUGACAAUAAUACACCGAAUGUUUUCGUGUCGGAUUCGAGUGAUGUUCAUGUGGGGACAAAGAACAUUUAUCAAGGACCAGUGACGAUAAAAAAGAUCGUAUACGCUGGUAAUGGUGGCGGUGAAGUGCCGGACGUGCUGCAAAAUGGCGGCGCGCUGACCAACGGGACAUUAAAAUGUGAUAAAGACACAAGUGAUAGUACAGAUAUUGAUAACAAAACGGACAAAGCCGGAGACAAAAAUGAAAACAACCUCAAGGCUCACAUUAGCAAAUUAAGAUACAACAAACCGUUGCUUAUAACAGCGAUAGUCUGCACACUUGCUAUCAUUGGAAUGAUUGCGCUGUUGUUUCUUUUACUGCGCGGUGGCAACACAUCAAACAGAUACCCGACUGAUAGCGACGAACAACUCGGCCGACCUUCAGUCGAUCCACCUCUUGAUCCUGCUGAGCUUCCUCCGCAACGAGUGAAGAUGAUUCUACGUCGUGAGUGGUUGGCACAACCUCCAAAGCAAGCUUUGGACAACCUUACAACUCCAGUACCUAUGGUGGUCAUAUGGCACUCAGCAACUGAAAACUGUACAGACCAAUCAUCAUGCACGCUGUUGGUGAAGUCCAUACAACGUUUUCACAUGUUAUCCCAAAACUGGUGGGAUAUAGGUUACAACUUCCUCGUGGGUGGAGACGGGUAUGUCUACGAGGGACGCGGUUGGACCUCCGAAGGGUCCCACACGAAGUUCUACAAUAAGAGGAGUAUUGGUAUUGCGUUUGUUGGUACUUUUACCAAUUAUAUGCCACCGCAAAGACAACUCAACGCCGCACGUAACUUAAUCGCCUUGGGGGUUAACGAGUCGUACAUCCAACCGGAUUAUAAGCUAUACGCCUCGAGACAAUUGUCUGUCACGGAGAGUCCGGGUCAAAUGUUGUAUGAAGAGUUGAUUACAUGGCCGCACUGGGCGGAGACGCCUAAGUCCAGACAUUAGUUAUGUUUUAAUUUUGUGAAUAUUUUGUGAUAUAAAGACUGAUGAAUCGAUA